AUCUGUUUGGCAGCACCAGAUCUAAAUUAUAUGACCAAUUUUGGAUACAUUUCAUCAUAGGGAUUUUGAUGUUUGAAGUGUAAAAAUGUUCCGACUUGUUAUUUUCCUGUGUGCGUUAUCCACUUCAUUUGCCGUUCUUCAUCUGAAACUCGUGGACUGUAACCACAGUCCAAAUAAAAUCAUACACUUCGAACAUGCACAUCUGAGCGCAGAUCCAGUCCACAUUCCGGGACCAGAGACUGGUUCCAUUGAUGUUCAAGUCCUGCAGCCAAUUGCAGGAAACCACUUCCAGCUGAAUGUACACGUGGCCAAGAAAGUUUUAUUCGGAUAUGUGGGCGUUCCUUGUAUAAGUAAUGUUGGAAGUUGUCAUUACGAGCUGUGUGAUUUGUUGAGUGGCAGAAGUUUUGACAAUGCCAAUCAUUGUCCAAACGAAAUACUGACAUCGACACCGGACUUCCCAUGCGCAUGCCCAUUCAAGCCCGGAACUUACCAUCUAAACCCAACUACGUUCAUCAUCCCGGAAUUAGCUGGCGUCUGGAAAUUUCUUGCCGCGGGUGACUACAAGGCUCAUGCUGAAAUCAAGGACACAUCAACUAACGAAAUUGUCGGCUGCUACGACGUGCAGGUAUCCACUGCGGCCGACUGUAGUGGUCUUGGAUGUAUUUUCGGAAAGAAAUAAAUAAUUAACUGUA